GGUGACGUGCUGCUGACGUAGCAAAACAAUGGCUCACGUGACCAAACAACUUCCCCAGACGUUUCUCUUCAGUUCAGACCGAGACAGUGCGCGUGAAAGGUGUCAGCAACGUUUCUCCUUACGAAAAUGGCGGAAUCUGCGAAUGAAGCUCUGUUGGAAGCUGCUGGCCUGCAUGGGAAUAGCUCACUUGAAGACGUUAAAGCGGCUUUAAAAGCUGGUGCAGACGUUGACUUCGAGCACCCUGACCCUGAUGUCCCAAGCAUGGGCAAUGGCACAGCAUUGUACAUUGCCUGCAUUCUGGGGGACGUGGACAUAGUGAGACUGCUGCUCCGCAAGGGGGCGUCCAUUAUGACUAGAACGGUGGGUGGCUUAACUCCCCUUCAUGCAGCCGCGUUCAAAGGGCAGACAGAAGUGGUGGACUUACUGGUGCAGCAUGGUGCAACAAUAGACAUACGGGACGGCUUCCAGGACACACCGCUCAUUUUGGCAUGUAACAACAAACACGUGGACACAGUUCGGCGACUGAUUGAGCUCGGAGCAAGGCCCGAUUUGAUCGACGGUGGUAUAGGCAGGAACUUGGGGAUAGCAGUCGGAAACCCGACCAGUGACGAGAGUAUCAAGCUGAUACAAGAGGCAAUGGAGACCAAGCUGUUGAGAUGCUGCAACCCUAAGUGUGGCAAACCAGGCUACAGGAAAACUCUGAAGCGGUGUUCCCAGUGCAAGCUGACCCGCUACUGCAGCCGUGACUGUCAGAUACAACACUGGUUUGCCGGACAUAAGAAGUGCUGUGGACAAGAUACGUACACUGAUGAUCCUGUUGUAAAAGCGCUUUGGUCAUUGGUGAAUCACCUCGACGAAAAACCCGUUGAAUACAUGGUUAGGUCAUUGGUAAAACUGAUCGACGAGUAUUUAGAUGCGAAGAAGUGUUGAGUACACAAUUCCGCUAUAGCCGUAACAAAUGUAGUGAGAAUUCGUUGUAUGAACACAACCUGAGGUAAUUGGCUAUUUCUUUCUAUGGAUCGAUUUGACGCUUGUUUCUGUAUUUAGUAUACUAAAUAAUGUGUCAAGUUUUUUAACAGACGUAUUAGGUCUAAAUGACACGAUUCUAAGAUCUUAUUCGAUUUACCUUCUAAGGCCACGUUGAACGGACCAUAUAUGUAUAUAUCAACUUAGCACUGCACAUGCACAUGGUACACAAAGCAAAUUUAGCACCGUAAUUGCACAUGGUACACAAAGCAAAUUUAGCACCGUAAAUGCACAUGGUUCACAAAGCAAACUUAGCACUGCACACGCACAUUGUUCAUUAUUGUGUAGUUUUGUUUUCAGAGGUACGGAUCACAAUAAGUAUGAAAGUAAGAAGAUAUAACAGACACCGGAUUGUUGUAUUGCAGGUAUCAUUAACUUGCUUACCGAUAUAGAAAAUCAGAAUGUCCGUCAAGGAAAGAACACCCGUUUAUGUCUGAUUACAAGUUGUUACUAUUGGUCAGCGUACAUACAUACAUACAUACAUACAUACAUACAUAUUCAUACUCAUUAACAAGUCAACGUAGUUCUUCAAAACAUCUUUAUUUAUGGCAGUGCGCUUUUUCAUUUCGCCUUUAAUAUGUUAAAUGUCUAUCCUAUACUACGGCAAACACGCAAUGAUGCUCUAUACUGCUACGAAAUCCCAUGGUUAUCUGACUUCUGCUUUUACACAGCCAUACCUACAGAUGACAGUUACUGAUGACUCAUCAACUUUGCGUGCACGUGGUUAUUAGUUAUAUUAUCUUAUCGUAUACCUAUUCAAUUAGAUAUUUUACCAUAGACUACUGUAUGUCUCUGAUGAUGACUGUAUGUAGUAAGUACUUUUUUUUGGCUAAUAAAUAGUUUUUGCUCAUC